AUGCUAGCUUAUCGACAUAAAGUAGAUUAUCCACCUAAAGGAGGAGUCAAUAAGGGCUAAAUAAUCCGAUUAAAAUGUAGCUGCCCUCCUGAUUGUUAAUGCAAAUCUUCUGAAAUAAGAAAUUGGCAUCAUAAACCAUGUUCUGAUUAAUGUUUCAUUAGUUAAUAUGGUGAUAUAUUUUGUAAAAAUCACUUAAACGAUUGCGAUGGGUUUUUCAUCAAAGAUGCUUCUUUUUAAUGCGCUGCAGCUAAAUAAGCCAACACUUGGAAUUAAUAUAGAGCAGCUUCAUAAUUUUUAAUGGCAUUAGCUUAAGGUGUUCAAGCUGCUGAAAUUUCCCUUGAUAAAGGCAAUGCAGUAAUCUCAUUUAUAGCUAGUUUAAAUACAGAAGUAGUAAGGAGAUGGAAUUAAUGA